GUUCUGGAAGGCAGUGGGGCUGCCGCCAUUUUGCGGGAAGGGGAGUAGCUCCGGCUGUGGUGCUGUUUUUAUUGCUGAGUCUGUGGAAGAGAGCUGUGCUUCGCGUCCCCCGGCACACCCAAAGGAACGGAGGGAACCGGGACCCCCCUGCGGGGACCCGGAACUGGUAACCACUGAUCUGCUUUCUGUCACUACAGAUCUGCUACAAUGGCGUCUGAUGACUUUGAUAUAGUGAUUGAGGCCAUGCUGGAGGCUCCCUAUAAAAAAGAGGAGGAUGAGCAGAAAAGGAAAGAGGUUAAAAAGGACAGCCCUAGUAACACUACCAACAGCACCAGCAACACUGGCAGCAGCGACAGUGGUACCUGUGGGAGCAGCACCAGUGGGGAGGCAAGCAAGAAGAAGAGGAGUCGGAGCCAUAGUAAAAGCAGGGAUAGAAAACGCAGUCGUAGUCGAGACCGAGACCGUCAUAGGCGGAGAAGCAGUCGAAGCCGGAGUCGAGAUCGGCAGCAUCGUCUCCGCAGCCGUAGCUGGGAUCGUCGCCGUAGUAGUGAGUCACGAAGUCGAGACCGACGUCGUGAAGAUCGUGUGCACUACCGGAGUCCGCCGCUUGCUACUGGGCGUAGGUGUGGACACAGUAAGAGUCCUCAUGUCAGAGAGAAGAGCCCGGUCAGGGAGCCAGUUGAUAACCUGAGCCCUGAGGAGCGGGAUGCCCGCACAGUGUUCUGUAUGCAGUUAGCUGCCCGCAUUCGGCCUCGAGACCUGGAGGACUUUUUCUCUGCUGUUGGCAAGGUUCGAGAUGUACGUAUCAUCUCAGAUCGGAACUCACGUCGUUCUAAGGGCAUUGCCUACGUGGAAUUCUGUGAGAUCCAGUCUGUGCCGCUGGCCAUUGGGCUGACCGGGCAACGGCUGCUGGGAGUGCCUAUCAUUGUACAGGCCUCACAAGCUGAGAAAAACCGACUGGCAGCCAUGGCCAACAACCUGCAGAAGGGCAGUGGUGGACCAAUGCGCCUCUACGUGGGCUCCCUGCACUUCAAUAUCACCGAGGACAUGCUCCGGGGCAUCUUUGAGCCCUUUGGCAAAAUUGAUAAUAUUGUUCUGAUGAAGGACUCAGAUACAGGCCGCUCUAAAGGUUAUGGUUUUAUUACGUUCUCUGACUCUGAGUGUGCCCGGCGGGCCCUGGAACAGUUGAAUGGCUUUGAGCUUGCUGGUCGACCUAUGAGGGUUGGCCAUGUGACCGAGCGACUGGAUGGUGGCACAGACAUCACUUUUCCUGAUGGAGACCAGGAGCUGGAUCUGGGAUCAGUGGGUGGACGUUUGCAGCUCAUGGCCAAAUUGGCAGAAGGCUCUGGAAUCCAGCUGCCAACCACCGCUGCUGCCGCCGCCGCCGCUGCCGCCGCCGCUGCCCAGGCGGCUGCUGCCCAGGCCGCUGCUGCCCAAGCCGCUGCCUUGCAACUGAAUGGAGCAGUUCCUUUGGGGGCCCUGAACCCAGCAGCUCUGACUGCUCUGAGUCCGGCCCUGAACCUUGCCUCCCAGGCCAUCGCCUCCCAGUGCUUCCAGCUUUCCAGCCUCUUUACCCCCCAAACCAUGUAAAUUAGUGGCACAGUCCCUGUGCCUCUGGGUCCUGCCACUCCCUUCUCCACAUCUACCCUUCCACGGCCCCUUGUCUCCAUUUUGUGGACCAAACCAUCCUGAGGGCAUGAACAUUGACGGUGGGGGAACUGGGCCCCCCUUAGACACCAAGAAGAGCUCCUGCCCACCACUGCUCCAGUGGGAAUGGACUCUGCUGAGCAAAGCUGCCAGUUGAAGAGAACAGAAUCUACACUUGUGUUGAACAUCUGUUUCUCUGUGUUUAUCGUCUCCUGGGAUGACCUUCCUUGCCCUUUCCAACCCCUUCUUACUGAUUCCUUGAUUCCUCCCCUGUUGGGAAGGCCAUAGGGCAUUAACUGAAGGAACUAACUGCUCUCUUCCUGUACCUUUACCCUACAAUCUGUCACGGAAAACCCUUAAGAUCUCUGGUCUGUGAGGACUUUGGAGUUUGAGGGGGUGAACCUUGAAAGUGCUGGCCUGCUCCUACAAGGACCCUGGAAGAUAGCAUGGACUGUGCGUCGGGAAGCCUGCCUCAGACCUCAGCCUGGGGCCGGAACUGCAUCUUGCUGGGAGGUGUGGGAAUGAGCUCUCCUGCCGGCCAUUUUGGGUGUCUUAGGGGCAUUUGGGAGUUGAGUGAACGGUGGGGUGCUUUUCUGGUAUCUUCCCUCUUCCUUUGUGUACUUGUCCUUUCUUUGGCCCAGGGUGGGAGGAUGGAGGGGAGGAUGCUUCUCUCCACUACUUCUGUGUGCCUCUGGAGCGUGUGGGCUCCAGCCCAGCCGUCAAAGCCGCUCUCGUCCCCUAGCUGGGCAUACGUGAGCCCUUCUCACUGGAUUUUAUACCCUGUGUCUGUGUACAUAAAUAUAAAUAUAUAUGUGUGUGUGUGUGUGUGUGUGUGUGUAUAUAUAUAUAUAUAAACUUUGUACAAAAGGCACGUCCCACUGUUGUGGGGGCUGCUGCCCAUGUAUGUAGGGUCUCAGUCCGUUGGUGUGUCUGUCUGAUGUUAACUUCUGAGCCAAAACCACGAAUGGUUCUAGAGAUAUAAAACAUUUGUA